AUACUUCUACAAACUUCACCAACGAGGAUUGAAGAGUGUCAGUGAGUGAGUAGCUAGCAAUUAAAAAUGUUGCUAAGGAACAAAAGAUUAGGUUUGUUGUUAUUGCUUUGUGUUCAUGCCUUUGUUGCCAAUGUGGUUGCAAGGGAUGUAGUAACUGUGAAAAAUGAUGAAGAAAAGAAUGUAGGGUUUGGGAAGGGAGGUGGGUUCGGUGGUGGAAUUGGUGGAGGAGCAGGAGGAGGGGGAGGGUUCGGAGGUGGAUUUGGUGGAGGAGGAGGAGCCGGUGGAGGGUUUGGAGGUGGAGGAGGGUUUGGCGGAGGAGGAGGAGCAGGUGGAGGAGGUGGUGCUGGAGGAGGGUUUGGUGGUGGAGCUGGGGGUGGACAUGGGAUUGGAGGUGGAGCUGGUGGAGGGUUUGGUAAAGGAGGCGGGAUAGGUAAAGGUGGAGGACUUGGUGGUGGUGCUGGUGGAGGGUUUGGAAAGGGUGGUGGCAUUGGAGGAGGUGCUGGUGGUGGUUUUGGAAAAGGUGGUGGUGUUGGAGGAGGAAUUGGCAAAGGUGGAGGUCUAGGAGGCGGUGGUGGCUUUGGAAAAGGUGGUGGUGUUGGAGGAGGAAUUGGCAAAGGUGGAGGUUUAGGUGGUGGUGGUGGCUUUGGAAAAGGGGGCGGUGUUGGAGGAGGAAUUGGCAAAGGUGGAGGUUUAGGUGGUGGCGGAGGCUUUGGAAAAGGUGGUGGUAUAGGGGGUGGAAUUGGCAAAGGCGGAGGUUUUGGUGGGGGAAUUGGAAAAGGUGGUGGCAUUGGAGGAGGAAUAGGCAAAGGUGGAGGCUUUGGCGGUGGUGGUGGAUUCGGUGGCGGUGGUGGAUUUGGCGGAGGAUCUGGAGGUGGAUUUGGCGGCGGCGGUGGAGCAGGUGGCGGCGGUGGAAUCGGACACCCCUGAGCAUUGUAGACGUUGCAUGCAUGACAAACUUAUAUUUCAACGUCCUCUUUGCAUUAGCCAUGAUGAUUGGUAUAGAAAAUAUUGUCCGAGUGAAAGAGAAUUAUUUGCUCUUUUGGUUAUUAUAAUAUUUAUGUACUACUCCUCGUUUUCUUUUAUACUUAAUGUUAAAUGAAAGCAUGAGAGUGAUCUUUACUCUCUUUUUUUUUUCUGUCUUCCAUAAGAACAAGAAAUGACAGGUACUUUCAAGCGUUGCAAUAUCUUA